UUUUUUAAACCCAUCAAAUAAAAUAAGAGACCGAUCCAUCUGCGCUCUUUUUCCCUUCCGUCUGCGCUGAAUCCGUCUUUGCGCUCUUCUUCCCUUCCGUCUUCAAUCGGCCGCACGUCAAUCUUCCCGCCAGCCUAGCUCUGCUACGAAGCUUAUGUAUGUGGCAAUAGUGACAAGAAAACUGAGUCUCUUUGUUCAAACACCAUGGAUAGUGGAAAGGAUCUGUCGCACAAGUCACACAGGAAGCCACAAUCUGGCCCUUCUGCUGCGAAGAAGAAAUCCAAGUCAGAUGAAAAUAAAACACAGAUAAAUCCUAAGGGUAACACUAAAUCCAUAAAAGGAAAGAGGCUGCAAGCCAGAAACACUGAAAAAGAGCAGCGUAGACUUCAUGUUCCGACAAUUGACCGCUCCACUGGGGAGCCAGCUCCAUAUGUUGUCGUAGUUCAAGGACCACCGAAGGUUGGAAAAUCACUUCUGAUAAAGUGCCUCAUCAAGCACUACACAAAACAAAAUUUAACAGAAGUUCAUGGCCCUAUCACAAUUAUAUCAGGUAAGCAAAGGCGUCUGCAGUUUGUGGAGUGUCCAAAUGAUAUCAAUGGCAUGAUUGAUGUUGCUAAGUUUGCGGAUUUAGCAUUGCUUCUCAUUGAUGGAAACUAUGGGUUUGAAAUGGAGAGUUUCGAGUUCCUUAAUAUAAUGCAAAAUCAUGGGUUUCCUAAAGUUAUGGGUGUUCUUACACACUUGGACAAAUUCAAAGAUGCAAAGAAACUCAGGAAAACAAAACAAAAAUUAAAGCAUCGGUUCUGGACAGAGAUAUACGAUGGAGCUAAACUAUUCUAUUUGUCUGGUCUUAUUAAUGGAAAGUACGCUUCUCGUGAAGUACACAAUCUUGCAAGGUUUAUAUCUGUUAUGAAGUUUCCUCCAUUGUCAUGGAGACAGUCCCACCCUUACAUAUUGGUUGACCGUUUUGAAGAUGUAACUCCUCCAGAAAAAGUACGAAUGAAUAAUAAGUGUGACAGGAAUGUUACUUUGUAUGGUUAUCUGCGUGGUUGUAACCUGAAGAAGGGAACAAAGGUGCAUAUUGCUGGUGUUGGCGAUUACGAUAUGGCUGGUGUUACAGCCCUACCUGACCCUUGUCCACUACCAAUGGCGGCCAAGAAAAAGGGCUUAAGGGACAAAGAGAAGUUGUUUUAUGCUCCAAUGUCUGGAUUAGGGGACCUUCUUUAUGAUAAAGAUGCUGUCUACAUUAACAUAAAUGAUCACUUUGUGCAAUUCUCUAAAGUAGAUGAUGCAAAUGGUGGUGUGACAAGAAAAGGGAAGAAACAUGAUGUGGGGGAAACUUUAGUUAAAUCACUCCAGAAUACAAAAUAUUCAAUUAAUGAAAAGUUGGAGCAGAGUUUUAUCUCUUUAUUUGGAAAAAAGCCCAACGCAUCAUCUGAGUCUCAACCUCAACCUCAACCUCAAGCUCAAGAAGUCGCACCAGAUCAAGAAACGAUUACCCAUAAUGUAGAUGAAUCUGAGUGUUUAGAUGGAGAAGAAAUCUCUGAUGAAGAAAAUGAUAUGUUGGAUAAAGUAAAUGAUACUGGAUCAGAGCAACUCCCCACAUCCAAUAAUGGGUUUAGAGAGCAGAUUGAUUUCCAUGAUGGAAGGACGAGGAGAAAAGCUAUUUUUGACGAUGACGAUGAUCUGGAUGCUGAGGAUCAGGAAGACAGUGAAGAACUAGAUGAAGAAGAAUGUGACGAUUCGGAUAAUUUUAAUGAGACAGAUGAAGAGUCUUUGCCUGAUGAAACUGACCAACACUUGCUGCAACAUCCUGCAAAUGAGGGAGAAGAUUUUUUUAGAGUUGAGAAUGAGUUGGGAAAUGCUUCAAGAUGGAAAGAGUCCUUAGCAGAACGAGCCUCGUCACGACAGAAUAUUAAUCUUAUGCAACUUGUAUAUGGGAAAACUGAGGCGAGCUCAACUAUUGCUUUUGAUAUUGAACAAAUUAGUGAAGAUGAUGAAAGCGAGGAUGAUCAAUUCUUUAAGCCAAAAGGGGAAGGGAAGAAGAAAGGGAAAAAUGUACUGUACGAUAGUCUGGAUGCUGAGGAUUGUUCAAAAUUCAUCAACCACUCAAUUGAGAAAAACUGGAAGGAUGAAGAUUCAAUUGAGAGUAUUCGUAAUCGUUUUGUCACCAAAGGAUGGUCAAGAGAAGCUGCUGCCGGUGUGUCGACAAAUGGUGUCCGUGAUGACAACGAUGAUGAAGUAUUUGGUGAUUUUGAAGAUUUGGAAACUGGACAGGAAUACAAGAGUCAAGAACUAAGAAGCAACAUAUCUGCUAAAAUUGAUGGAGGGGAAGAAGAAGAAGCUAAGAAGCGAAUGCUCAAAAAGUUGGCUCUUCGUGCCAAAUUCGAUGCUCAAAUUGAUGAUCCAGAAUCAGCUGACGAAGGCAAUGAUGAUAAACCUGGAGCUGAUUCUCGCGAUCAAGCCAGUGGGUCUGGAUACUUUGAUAAGUUAAAGGAAGAAGUUGAACUUAGAAAGCAACUAAAUAUAGCUGAACUAAAUGAACUUGAUGAUGCCACCCGGAUAGAAAUAGAAGGUUUCAGAACUGGGAUGUAUCUUAGGCUUGAGGUUCAUGAUGUUCCCUUUGAGAUGGUUGAGUAUUUUGAUCCUUGUCAUCCUGUUCUAGUUGGAGGGCUUGCUAUUGGUGAGGAAAGUGUUGGAUACAUGCAGCUUCGGAUAAAGAGGCACCGGUGGCACAGGAAAGUAUUGAAGACAAGAGAUCCAAUAAUUGUUUCUAUGGGAUGGAGGCGUUACCAAACAACUCCAGUUUAUGCUAUUGAGGACCUGAAUGGUCGCUGUCGUAUGCUUAAGUACACGCCUGAACACAUGCACUGUCUUGCCAUGUUUUGGGGUCCUCUGGCCCCACCCCGCACUGGAAUGAUUGCUGUCCAGAAAUUAUCAAACAAUCAGGCAGAUUUUAGAAUUACAGCGACUGGGACCGUGCUAGAGUUCAAUCAUGCUGCACGGAUAGUGAAAAAGAUCAAGCUAGUUGGUUACCCAUGUAAAAUUUUCAAGAAGACAGCACUUAUUAAGGACAUGUUCACUUCAGAUCUUGAAAUAGCCAGGUUUGAAGGUGCAGCUAUUCGAACUGUUAGUGGAAUCCGUGGGCAGGUUAAAAAGGCUGCCGGAGAGGAGAUUGGUAACCAAGCUAGAAAAAAGGGUGGUCUUGCCAAAGAAGGGAUUGCUAGGUGCACCUUUGAGGAUAGGAUUCUGAUGAGUGACAUUGUUUUCUUGCGUGCUUGGACACAAGUUGACGUCCCUUGUUUUUUCAAUCCGUUGACUACUGCAUUGCAGCCACGCGAUAAGACCUGGGAAGGAAUGAAAACUGUUUCUGAGUUGAGGAGAGAGAACAACCUGCCAGUACCACUCAACAAGGACUCUUUGUAUAAGCCAAUUGAUAGAAAGCCGAAAAAGUUCAACCCGUUUGUUAUUCCCAAAUCGGUACUAGCGGAUCUCCCCUUCUCUUCAAAACCAAAAGAUAUUCCAGCUCGGAAGAGACCAACACUGGAAAAAAGAAGGGCAGUUGUGAUGGAACCUAAUGAGAAGAAGCUGCAACGGGUUCUUCAACAUCUCCGUCUUAUUAGGAGUGAGAAGGUUAAAAAGCGUAAACUCAAAGACCAAGAGAAAAAGAAAGCAGCUGAGGUGGAGAGGGCCAAGGAAGAACAAGUCUUGAAGAGGCGCAGGAGGGAGGAACGGCGAGAAAGGUACCGUGAGCAGGACAAACGGCAGAAUAAAAGGCCCCGGAGAGACUAGUUUCCCUUUACCCCUCUUAAGUCACCAUAGAGUAAAGAGAGGAGGGAGUAGGAAAUCAAAACAAACUUCCAAUGGUGUUUCUGUAAAUUGGAAGUUUACAACAUCCUUGAAGAAGGAAUAUGUAUCAAUUUUGAUUGGACUCGGUACACCCUUUUUCCCUAUCAUCUCCUAUAAACAUCUUAUUCACUUAUUGUAUCCCUUUAUUUCUCCACAGGAACUUGUGUUAUAUUUAAUAAUCACUCCGUCUCGUUGAAAGAUUCUCACUUUUCUUGUUUGAGUGUCCCAUUUAA